AUGCUAAAAGAUUUCGAGCCUUAUUUUCCACAGCUAAAUCUAGUAAUCCCUAACUAGAGUCCAGAAAUAAAAUGGUGAGGCUGGCGGAAAUAGGACUCCAGGCGCAUUUUCUAUAGGGAAGGUAGGACCCAUCUAGAUAAAGCUAAAAGCAGGGCCUCUAUCCGUUUUGAAGCAGGCCUUCAGUUCAGGUGUGGGGAUGUCUUGAUGAAGAGAGAAGUUUUGUUUCUCGCUGAAGGUUUUCCUGUCCCUAACAGAUGGUCUAGACAGUUUUGCCUACCACACGGCCCUCCUUUAUUGAGACGAUCAGGGCACUCUACAGAAGUUGCUUUGCCCAUGAGGAUUAAUCCCCUGGAGAAGUGGUUCAGGUCGUAAAUUCAAGACAGCAGCCUUUCUUUGCCCCUUUGUCUCGUGGGACGAGGGAGGAGGCUGUUUUUGAGCCGAAAAUAAGUCAAAGGAUAGUGGAUCGCCCGCUUAUAGUCAAUUUAAUCUUUUAAUAAUUAAGCUAGAGUCCAAAUGAAAUGAGAUUUGGGCGAAAACCAUUUCCAGACAGAAAUGUGCACUACAUUACGUCUCUUUCUCCUCAUAAGCACUCAACAACCCCCAAGGCAAAAUUCAGUUUUUUAAAACAAUACCCAAAAGAAGCUGGCACACAGACUCCAAAUAUUUUUAAAAAUAAAGAAAUUGACUCAAUUAGGAUAAAAAUUAAACAGACAGAAGAAGAGAUAGCAAAAAUUCAAAGUAAACUUAAAAAUGAUGAAGGGAGAAAAAUUCCUUAUAGGAGUUAUAGAGAUUUAGCAAUCCAAAAUGAGUCAUUUAUUGAAAAGCCAGGACUUAAAAUGCAGAAGAGAAGUGGCUCUGAUCCUCCAAAUAUGAAUAUAUCUGCAGAUUCACUUUAUUCGCCAAAUAAAAUUAUGAAAAAUUAUAAUAUAAAUCCAAUUGCCGGGCUUGAUAGGGAUAAAUCUCCGAUUGCAAAUGCAGCAAAAAGUUUAAUUUCAAUACAAAACAACCGAUUGAGACCUAAUUUUUAA